CGGGAGUGGGAAGCGCUGCGACUUAAUUGCGGGCCGGUGAUUGCAGCUGGGAGUGCCCAUGACCGAGCUGGCGUCCUCCGGGGGCGGGUCCCCUACGGGGGACGGGGAAGAAGGUCUGGGGGACGAGCGAGGCCUGGUCAUCCACCACCCUGCGGAGGAGCAGUCCCACCGCUGCCCGCUGUGCGGCCAGACCUUCUCGCAGCAGCCGAGCCUGGUGCGGCACCAGAAGGCGCACGCCGGGGCGGGCCGCGCCGCCGCCUUCGUCUGCCCCGAGUGCGGCAAGGCCUUCAGCGUCAAGCACAACCUCGAGGUGCAUCAGCGCACCCACACUGGCGAGCGGCCCUUCCCCUGCCCCGAGUGCGGGCGCUGCUUCAGCCUCAAGCAGAACCUGCUCACGCACCAGCGCAUCCACAGCGGCGAGAAGCCGCACCAGUGCGCGCAGUGUGGCCGCUGCUUCCGCGAGCCGCGCUUCCUGCUCAACCACCAGCGCACCCACGCGCGCAUGCCGGCCCCGCACCCGCGCCGCCCCGGCGUCUUCGGGGAGCGGCGGCCCUACUUCUGCGCCCGGUGCGGCAAGAGCUUCGCGCGCGAGGGCUCGCUCAAGACCCACCAGCGCAGCCAUGGCCACGGGCCCGAGGCCCCUGCGGCCCAUUUAGGCCGCGUGCUCUGAUGCGCGCCUGGCCUGCAGCCGGCUGUUUCCCGCCCCGGAGCUGCAUCCCUGAGCCUUGGGGGUGGCCCUGGGCUGCGCUCUCCCCUCUGGAUGGGACCCCGGGAACUGGGGAGGGCUGGCCAGGGGUCUUGGAGGACUGGGCCGCCGCCCUGCUCUGUGGCCUUCUUUGGCUCCUGCCUGCGGACGAUGGGGCUGGCUGCUCGGGGCUGCUCUGCCCUGCCGCCGGGGUUUCCCUCCUCAGGGCGGCCGGGCCCAGAACGCGCAGAGUGUCCGGGUGGAAAGCGACGUGGAGAGGGCCACGCCCCCGCAGAGCCCAGGCCCUGGCCUGCUGCUCCAGCACUCACUACCUGGCGUCCCUGAGAAGUCUUUUCGUUCGUGUCUCACUCUGGGCACCUAUGCGGAGUGGGCAGGACCUCUGGGCAGUGUGCGAGGCACUUCUGGGCACAGACACUAGGAAUGGGGACCCUGGGGGCCUGCACCCCGGCAUGAGGACAUGUGCCCUAAGAAGACCUACCUCGGGAGGUGCCCUGCGGUGACAGCAGAGGGGACCGGUGGAGCCAGGUUCUGUUCCCUGGGGGUCACGUCCGGGAAGAGCUUGUCCGGGCCACCCGGCUGUGGACCUACGCUUUCGUGUGCCAGCAGGGACCAUGCCUGGGUGGAGGGCUGGCUUCCCCCCGCCCGGCCCUCCGGAGCUGGGGAGCGACGGACCUAGGAGAACACAGGGCGCCGGAGGCGGACCUGGCUCUAGCGGCAUAGCCUUCCGACGGGAACCACACAGCCGGCCUCACUUGCCUUUUGGCAAAGGUUCUCCCUGCACCUGGGGGCGUGAAGCCCUGUGAAAAGCUGACAAAGGUUAUGAACCUGCCUCCCAGGAAAACACACGUCCUCACGGAGAUGCAAGAACCUACCAGCAACACCAGAAGCUUCUGGGCUCCAGGCUGGCGCCUCAGCCCCGGGCCCCAACCGGUCGCCCUGUCCCUGCCUGACCCAGAGGGCCCACCGUGCAGUAACAUUCCUCCCUCCCCCGCCGGCCCUCCUUCCCUUGUUGGGGAAUAAAGAACUCUGAGGAGGGGACCCUCAUAGUGACUCUCUUCUUCCAGACCUAAGAAACGGGGCCUCAGGGUUCUGGAGCUGCCGCCCUCCCCCAGACGUUGCCGGGGGCUCCCUGGCGGGCUUUGCUCUUCCCUGGUUCGGGGUUGCUGGCUCUAUCGACUAGGCUGCGGGCUCCCUGGUGCAGCCCUGGGCUCCUGGCUCACCGGGAAGGUGGGCAAAGCUGGGCCUUGUGUGGACGCCAGGUGAAGCAGCAGUUUGGGCUGGUCGGACCCCAGGAGCAGGAAUCGUAUGUCCAGCAGCCAUGUCCGGGCGUUCGGUGUCUGCCAAGCAUGGUGUGGGGAAGGCCGGGGAGGGAGACGCGGUCUUGCUCCUGGUGCCAGCCAGCUCUGGGCAGGGAGAGGCCGGCAGAGGGGCUUCUGUGCGUCCCGGGCGUCCACGAGGAGAGACCAGACUCCCCGGUCUCCAGGCCUGUGCAGUUGGCCUGGAGCGAGCUUACUGGCCUCCCUAGAAUGAACUGCUUGUCAGAAACGGUGUGACCCACCAGGGCUGGGUGGGUUUUUGAUGACAACCAGCUUUCUGGAUGCAGGUUACAUUUAGGGAAACCCUUGGGAGCAGGGAGAGGUUUUUCGUCACA